UGGAUACGGACGCGAGCAGUGUGGACUUUCAAAUUGGCCAAAAACAGCAGUAUAUAAUCGAAAAUAUAUAGCGUGCCGCGGCGCAGCAGUCGGUAGCAACAAUAGGAACGUUGUUUUUUGGCCAUAGCCAUAUAGCCCCAAAAUUUAUGCCGUUCGUUUGUCAAUAAAAAAGCAAACGAGAAAUGUAAACAGAAACGCAGCGAAAGGAAGACAUCAUAUUGAAUUUAUGGUGUAGGUGCAGCAACGUGGUCCUCGAACCUAAGGACACCCCGGUGUCCUUGUCGUCAGGGUGUGACUCGGCACAGUUUGGUUGUGUCGGUGCCGAUUUGUACGUGCCCUCACCUUUGAACUCACUCUCUUGCUUCUCGCCUCACCGUGAUCCUUGUGUGCUGUCCUUUAUUGUUGUCUUACCUGUGCUACCCACCUACAAUUACCGUUAUCGGGCAAGGACCAAAUUGCUUUUGCCACCCGCCACGUUGCGAACAAUUCCGGUCGGGUUCGAUACCACACGGCGUAUGCGGAACGUUUUUGAGGUCUCCGGAGCUCAACGGUCGUAGUAUUCGGCAUGAUAAUUGAAUUUUUGUGGCGGCUGCUUUGUGAAACUCUACUAAUUGGAAAUUUGUUAUUUGCGUUUGGUGAACUGUGAGCGGAAAAGAGCCCAAAAUUGAAAAUGUCCCGUGACAAUCAAGCGAAAUCGCCAAUAGCCAGUACAAAGUGAGCCGGAAAGUUGUGCACUAAAGCUGAGAAAACAUGGAGAACACCACAAUGCUGGCUAACAUUAGCCUAAACGCAACCAGAAAUGAGGAGAAUAUCACCUCAUUCUUCACCGACGAAGAAUGGCUGGCCAUCAAUGGCACAUUGCCGUGGAUAGUGGGAUUCUUCUUCGGCGUCAUCGCCAUCACGGGAUUCUUCGGCAACCUGCUGGUCAUCCUGGUGGUGGUCUUCAACAACAACAUGCGCUCCACCACCAACCUGAUGAUUGUCAAUCUGGCUGCCGCUGAUCUGAUGUUCGUAAUCCUCUGCAUUCCCUUCACGGCCACCGAUUACAUGGUGUACUACUGGCCAUAUGGAAGGUUCUGGUGCCGCAGUGUCCAGUACCUGAUUGUGGUGACCGCCUUCGCCUCCAUAUACACACUGGUGCUGAUGUCCAUCGAUCGGUUCCUGGCGGUGGUCCAUCCCAUUCGCUCACGGAUGAUGAGGACGGAGAACAUCACCCUGAUUGCCAUCGUGACUUUGUGGAUCGUGGUGCUGGUCGUUUCGGUGCCAGUGGCCUUCACCCACGACGUGGUGGUGGACUACGAUGCAAAGAAGAACAUCACCUACGGCAUGUGCACCUUCACGACGAACGACUUCCUCAGUCCGCGCACCUACCAGGUCACCUUCUUCAUCAGCUCCUACCUGCUGCCCCUGAUGAUCAUCAGCGGGCUCUACAUGCGCAUGAUCAUGCGGCUCUGGCACCAGGGAACCGGCGUCCGCAUGUCCAAGGAGUCGCAGCGCGGUCGCAAGCGGGUCACCCGCCUCGUCGUCGUGGUGGUCAUCGCCUUCGCCUCGCUCUGGCUGCCAGUCCAGCUCAUCCUCCUGCUCAAGUCACUGGAUAUCAUCGAGACGAACACCCUCACCAAGCUCGUCAUCCAGGUCACCGCCCAGACUCUGGCCUACAGCAGCUCGUGCAUCAAUCCGCUGCUCUACGCCUUCCUCUCCGAGAAUUUCCGGAAGGCCUUUUACAAGGCCGUUAACUGCUCCUCUCGCUACCAGAACUACACAUCUGACUUGCCACCGCCGCGCAAGACGUCCUGCGCCAGGACCUCCACCACUGGACUCUAGGGAUCACCAAUUGCAGUCACUACGAGCAAAUCUUUGAGGGCACAUGUGGACACGGGACCAAUCCAUCAAUGGAUUUUUGCUCUUCGAAUGACUAAAGUUAAGAUAUAAGGAAUUUGUAAAUAUUGAAUUAGAUUAAAUGAAAUGCUUGUCUGUAUCUUUUGUGUAUUACUAAGCUACUAUGCUUAUUCAUCUCUUAGUAGAUAUUAUAUUACAUAUAAUACCAUUUGAAAUUGGAAGUGUAUACAGGCUGCACUGUUUACUAAACAUAAUUAUAGACAGUAAAUUUGCCUAAAUUAUUUAUAAUGUUAUAUAAAUGCUAUAAUGCUAAUCGGAAUGCAAUGUGUUACAAGCUCCCUUGGUGUAAUCCAUAUUGUUAACCAUGUUACCGCAGUUUGUUAUUUGCGUAAGCCGUUAAGGAAUUAAAGAAU